CCUCAAACCCUAAUCAUGUGUGAUAAUUAUUUAUAAAGAAAGAAGACACAAAAUUUGAGAAUAAUAACUCUAAUCAUGAGUUCAAACCCUUGCAGCAGUGGCAGUGUUGGCGGUGGCGGUGGCAGUAGCAGCAGUAGUUGUGGAGGUGGUGGUGGUAGUGGUAGUGGACCAUGUGGCGCGUGCAAGUUUUUGAGGAGAAAAUGUGUGCCAGGGUGUAUAUUUGCACCUUAUUUCGAUUCGGAACAAGGUGCAGCUCAUUUUGCUGCUGUCCACAAGGUUUUUGGGGCAAGUAACGUUUCAAAGCUUCUUCUGCAUAUUCCCGUUCACAAACGGCUUGAUGCGGUGGUUACGAUAUGCUAUGAGGCUCAAGCUCGCCUCAGAGAUCCUGUUUAUGGCUGUGUUGCGCACAUCUUUGCCCUUCAGCAACAGGUGGUGAAUUUACAAGCUGAACUCUCUUACUUACAAGCCCAUUUAGCAACUCUGGAGCUUCCAUCGCCGCCGCCACCACCUCCUCCUCCGCCACAAACUCUAAUGACACCACCUCCUCUUUCGAUAUCUGAUCUCCCAUCAGCCUCCUCCAUGCCUGCCACAUAUGAUUUAUCGUCACUUUUUGAUCCAAUGGUGCAACCUUCAUGGGCCAUGCAGCAGCGCCAAAUGGAUCCACGUCAGUUUGGAGGCCCUUGUUCUUCGCCAACCGGUGGGGGUGGUGGUGAUCUUCAAGCUUUAGCACGAGAACUCUUGCAUAGACAAGGGUCUCCACCACUUGGAUCCGUCCCAUGCACUGAUGUCUCAUCUUCACCAUCUCUUUCCAAAUGAUGAUCACCGUGUCUGACCUUAUUAACAAGUACUAUUUGCAUCGGAAUUUAUGUUGAUCAAAAUACUAGCAUUAGCAAGAAGAAAGCUAUAAUUUCAUGUUAUUUCACUCAUCGUGAGCAAGUUCUCUUGAUAACUGAUCUUUAUAUUUUUGGUAUUAUUUUUGUUCUUUACUCAAACAUUA